AAGGGUAUCAGAGAGCCCGACAGUAGUUUCUCUAUAAAUCAUCGGCAAAAUCACGCACAUCGCGUCUUUGAAUGUGUUGGUUUGUGAAGUGUGACGAAAUGUGAGAUUAUCGUUCAAAAGUCUUUAGCUUGAUCUUUGCUCUGCUAUCUUCGGAUUUUGAUAACAUUUCUUACAUUCACUAUUCUCUGAGGUCGGUAACUUGUGCGUUGUAUUGGGGAUUGUGCAUUGAAUCGGAUUUCUACACUAAUUUUGUGCGGUUCUCUGUUUGUGCUUCCGCUUUCGAUUUAGUAAGGGCUUCGAUUGUUUAUGAGCAGUCCGCUUUUAUUUAAACGGUAAUCACGUCAGCUUUGUUUAUAUUUAUUUCUGCGAUCGUAUGCAGCUCAAACUGUCCAAGGUGUUGCUGAUGUGGCCUAGGCUUGAUUGUUUUAGAAAGAUGGGGAAUGGAUAUCAUAGGAAGCCAUAAGCUACUGUUUCAAGCUCCGCUUGAAAUUUUGUUUUUAGCCCUUCUUUUAAGUUCUAAAUUGGACUUUGACAGUCCCGAAAACUUUUUAAUACACCCAGGACUGAUUUAUCAACAAUAUGUAGGCCAAGAAGCAUUUUUAACCUCGUUUUCUGGAAGAAUAAGAGUAAAUGGUCGGCCUGGUUCCGCCAUCUUGGAUUCUCCUCCAACACGUGCAAGACUACUAUGUGGUCUCCUUCUCCUCUGUGGAGACAUUAGCCUUAAUCCAGGACCAGCUUGGAAAUAUCCAUGUGGCCUAUGCAAGAAGCCUGUGAAGUCAAACCAACGUGGUCUUCAAUGUGACUCGUGUAACAUUUGGAACCAUGCGAAAUGUAUGGACAUUAGCAUACCAUCGUACGAGUCCUUGGCAAAUUCGUCCUGCCUAUGGCUUUGCCCCAAGUGUGACGCUUCCAAUUUCUCUGAGACUCUGUUAAGCGCUUCAACAUUGGAGCUCUCAAACUCCUUCAUUUUUCUUCCAAGUCAAACUUCGUCCCCAGUUGCUAAAACUACACCAAGAAAUUCCUCUACGAGUUCUGUGUUGGAACAUGCUCGCAAGAGCUCACGACCACGCCAUAAACAAGGCCUGAAGGUAUUUAACAUCAACUUCCAGAGCCUAAAGAAUAAGAACUGUGAAUUUCAAGCUUUCCUAGCAACUGAGAGUCCAGAUAUAGUAAUUGGAACUGAGACCUGGUUGAAUCCCAGUGUUAAAACCUGUGAAUUCUUCCCUUCUAAUUACUCAGUAUUUCGGAAGGAUAGACCGAAUGGAUAUGGGGGAGUUCUAUUAGCAGUCAAGGAUCUCAGCUGUCAUGAGCUUUACGAACUUAACUCAGACUGCGAAACAGUUUGGAUUAAAGUCUCUAUUAACAGAAGGAAACAUGUAUAUAUUGGAGCUUUUUACAACCCUGACAGUUCUUGCGAGGCACUUGAUGAGUUAGACCGCUCCCUUUCAAAGCUACAGAGGAAGUCUGGAAAUUCAGUUAUAUAUCUCGGAGGUGAUUUCAACCUUGGAGGAGACAUAUGCUGGGAAACAAACACCAUUGCAAGAGGAAGCCGUCACGUCACAGCUUGCGAGAAGCUACUGGAGAUGUGCAGCAUUUAUAGUUUGGAGCAAGUGGUAGAUAAGCCUACCCGUGGUGAUAAGAUCCUUGACCUGCUCUUUACAACAAAUAGCACCCUUGUUGACUCAGUACAUGUCAAACCUGCAAUGGGAGACCAUGGAUGUGUGGAGAUACAAACCUUAGUUACACCAAAGCUGGCACGCCCGAUCAGGAGGAAGAUCUUUCUGUAUUCAAAAGGGAACUUUGUUGACAUGAAAAGGGACCUACUAGAGUUUAGCUCUGUUUAUUUCACAAACUUCACUGUUCGAUCAUUGCAGGAAAACUGGAACAUGUUAAAAGGAAAACUUUCUUCUCUUAUGGAGGAAUAUAUCCCUGCUAAAAUGUCCUCAAAUUUAUUAGUAAAACCAAGAGUGGAAUUGAUGCUACUUCAAUCUUUCAAAAUGUGAUGUCAAUGCAUUAAAGCAG